UGCUUACUUCCCCUGCUCUUGUAGGAAACAUGGCGGCUCACAGCAGUUUGACGGCUCUGCUGCACAUUCAGAGUCAGUUAGACUACACCCUGGAAGACGCUCCCACGCAAGUAGAGAAGGAAAAUCUAGUCUAUCAGUAUUUACAAAAGCUGGACGAAAACGAAGAUUUGAAGGUCCCUGAUUUUGAAAAAGGGCUGGAGUGGCUAAACACUGUGGGCCCUCUGUCUCUGCAAAGGGAAUUAUCAGGCAAAGUGGUGGUGCUGGACUUCUUCACCUACUGCUGCAUCAACUGCAUGCACAUACUGCCUGAUCUGCACCAACUGGAGCAGCGUCACUCUGUGAAAGAUGGCCUGGUUGUGGUAGGGGUUCACUCUGCUAAGUUUCCCAAUGAGAAAGUUUUGCAGAACAUUUGCAGCGCUGUGUUGAGGUACGGUAUUACUCACCCAGUGGUAAACGACAGCGAUGCUCGGCUGUGGCACGAGUUAGAAGUGUCCUGCUGGCCCACCUUGGUGAUUCUGGGGCCCAGAGGAAACCUACUGUUCUCGCUGGUGGGUGAAGGACAUCGAGAACGCCUCUUCCUGUUCACCGCUGGUGCUCUCAAGUACUAUGGACAGCAGGGUUUGCUCAAAGACCAUGCUGUGGAGAAAAAGCUCUACAAGGACACCUUACCACCUUCCAUCCUGUCAUUUCCAGGAAAAGUGGCAGUGGACCCUAAAAGCAAGAACCUGGCCAUUGCAGAUACAGGACACCACAGAGUUCUUGUGUUGUCAAGCACUGGACAAGUCUUGUACUGUGUAGGGGGGCCUGAAAGUGGAAAGCGGGAUGGAGAUCUGUCUGAGGCACGGUUUAAUUCUCCUCAAGGAAUAUUCAUGAAAGGAGACAGUGUGUAUGUGGCUGACACUGAGAAUCACCUUAUCAGGAAGAUUGACCUUUUAGAAAGAAGAGUUACAACUUUAGCUGGCAUCGGCAUCCAAGGCACAGAUAAAGAGGGUGGAGCAAUGGGACUCCAGCAGCCUAUCAGCUCCCCCUGGGAUAUAGUCCUUGGCACAGCAGGUGGUACAAAGGAUAACGUGUUGUGGAUCGCAAUGGCAGGGACACAUCAAAUCUGGGCUCUGUUCCUAGAGGAUGGGAAGCUGCCCAAAGGAAGGGAGUAUAAAAAGGGCGAGUGUGUGCGCUUCGCAGGCAGUGGGAAUGAGGAGAACAGGAAUAACGCGUAUCCUCAUAAAGCCGGCCUGGCUCAGCCGUCGGGUCUGACCGCUGCUCCCGAAGAACCAUGGAGCUGCCUUUUCAUCGCAGACAGCGAGAGCAGCACAAUCCGCAGCCUUUCUCUGAAAGAUGGAGCUGUCAAACAUGUCGUCGGAGGAGAGAGGGACCCCCUGAAUCUCUUUGCUUUUGGAGAUGUGGAUGGAAAGGGAGUGGAUGCUAAGCUUCAGCAUCCUUUAGGAGUAGCCUGGGAUGCCAGUAAAAGCCUGCUCUAUGUAGCAGACUCCUACAACCACAAGAUCAAAGUUGUGGACCCUAAGACUAAGCAGUGCAGGGUGCUGGCAGGCACUGGGGAAGCGAGCGACACAUUUGGCCCGAGCUUUGCAGAGACUAGUUUCAAUGAGCCUGGGGGUCUCUGUGUGGCCGAGGGGGGCUCGUUGCUCUACAUAGCAGACACCAACAACCAUCGCAUCAAAGUGCUGGACUUGGAGACCAAAUCAGCGUCUGUGCUCCCCAUAUCAGUGGUAGAAGUAGAUUCUUUCAUUGCAAACCCAGCUUCUACUGCUGUCAUUGUGAAGGUUCCUAAGCUCCCAAAGUCAGCCCCAGUGCUCAGCAUGGCUACGCUGCCAGUAUCGACAGGGCAGGUCAUUAAUAUCCACCUCAGCCUGACUCUGCCUGGUGGAACCAAAUUGACCAAGGAUGCCCCGAGCUUCUGGAGUCUCUCUGCUGAAGGUAAUGAAUGGUUACUGCAAGGACAUGCUGUGACAGGAAGCAUUGCUGAUCUCUCGCAGCCCCUCUCCAUCACCUGCGCCAUCCCGCCUCAACCACAGACCCCUGACCCCACGCUGACCCUCAAUGCCUGGGUCUACUGUUGCCUGUCAGAGGGAGGAGCCUGCAUGAUGAAGGCUGUGUCAUUCAUACAGCCUCUGCAGAUCGACUCCACUUGCAAAGACGGCACUGUCUCUGUGACUUUAGCACACGUCUUCUGAAACACACGCUUGCUUCUUCAGACUAUCUACAGCACAUUCAGUGUACACUGGCACCACUUGUAGCAAACAAAUACUGUUACACAUGCAAAUGCUUACAUAAAAGCUUACAUGUUUACACACGUGUACUGUAAAGAAUUGACAAACGUGGGUGUUUGUCCACUCGAACCGUACGACUAGAAUAACACGGUUGCAUAUGUUAGAUAAUUAGCAGCUCCAGAACAAAGUGCCUUUUUUUCUCCCCUCAGAAGCGCAUAUUACCUAACUGCAUCGGUCCUGCUUGGCUCGAGGCUGUGCGCAGUCAGGCACUCGGAUCUGUUUUUCUCCACAUAUCUGAUGUAGCUUAUCUUUUCAGAAGAAAAACAACUUCUACCAGCAUUAUUUUUCAGCAAACGAUCACAUGUCUAAAACAAACAAAUCUGAAAAGAUCUGUUUGGAGCAUACCACUAUUCUACUAAUAGUAUAAUUUUGCAAGCUUAUUCGAUAUAAAAUGUCACAUAUAAUCCAGUGUACUGAUUAAAUAAAUAGCCAGUACAUGCAUAGCAUUGUUUCUUUAAUAUAUAUCAGAGUGCACUUAAACGUGGUAUUUUGAAAUCUCAACAUUUGUAUUUAUUUUUUUUUUUUGAAGUAAUUUUCAUUGGUGAUAAGAAGCAUUUAUCUUAAACUGGAUACUAAGCUGGUUUUUUUGCUUUCUUUUUUUAAUAGAAAUAUAAAUGCUUUUGAAAAAGGAAACACAAACUAAAACGUGACAAAUAAGGUAUGAACAUAAAACAUAAAACUAAAUGGCAUUCAUUUUCACCUACAUGUUGAUAGUUUACAGUUUAGUCCACGUGUCAUGAUUUUUCGAAUGCUUCAAUGAUUUCUAAACCAGAUUCCAGCUUGGUGUUCUCAUGUGGUAAAAAAACUAGAGCCAGCGUGUUUAACUGGACCUUGUGUUUUCUCAUUCUCCUCCAAAGGCAGCUGUUUUUUCUACCCAGCAUCGAAAUUCUGCACUUUAACUUGCUGUAAGAAGUAAUAUAAUAAACAUUAUUU